GCGGGGCCGGGGCCCGAGCGAGCGAGCGGGAACAUGGCCGCGGAGCCGGAGAGCCCGAACCCCAGCGCCCGCAUCAUGACGUUCCGCCCCAGCGCCGAGCAGUUCCGGGACUUCGGCCGCUACGUCGCCUACAUCGAGUCCCAGGGCGCCCACCGGGCCGGGCUCGCCAAGGUAAUUCCCCCAAAGGAGUGGAAACCGCGAACAUGCUACGAUGAUAUUGAUGAACUGGUCAUCCCGGCUCCAAUUCAGCAGGUGGUGACAGGACAAUCUGGCCUCUUCACACAGUACAACAUCCAGAAGAAGGCUAUGACUGUCCGGGAAUUUAGAAAAAUUGCAAAUAGUGACAAGUACUGCACACCCCGAUAUACCGACUUUGAGGACCUUGAGCGGAAAUACUGGAAGAACCUCACUUUCAAUGCCCCCAUCUAUGGUGCUGAUGUUAAUGGCACACUCUAUGAGAAGCAUGUACAUGAGUGGAAUAUUGGCAGGUUGAACACAAUCCUGGACGUAGUGGAGAAUGAAAGUGGCAUCACCAUUGAGGGAGUGAAUACCCCUUACCUCUACUUCGGCAUGUGGAAAACCUCCUUUGCCUGGCAUACUGAGGACAUGGACCUCUAUAGUAUUAAUUACUUGCACUUUGGAGAACCCAAGUCAUGGUAUUCCAUCCCUCCAGAGCAUGGGAAGCGACUGGAGCGACUUGCCAAAGGCUUCUUUCCAGGAAGUGCCCAGAGUUGUGAAGCUUUUCUCCGUCACAAGAUGACCCUCAUCUCUCCAUUGAUAUUGAAGAAAUAUGGCAUCCCAUUUGAUAAGGUGACACAGGAAGCUGGAGAAUUCAUGAUAACAUUCCCUUAUGGUUAUCAUGCUGGCUUUAAUCAUGGGUUUAAUUGUGCUGAAUCUACCAACUUUGCUACUCUUCGGUGGAUUGAAUAUGGAAAGCAGUCUGUGUUAUGCUCAUGUCGGAAGGAUAUGGUGAAGAUCUCCAUGGAUGUUUUUGUGAGGAAAUACCAGCCAGAUCGCUACAAGCUCUGGAAAGCAGGGAAAGAUGUGACUGCCAUUGACCACACUCUUCCCACACCAGAGGCAGCAGAGUUCUUCAAGGGGGAGCUCCUCCAGAAAGUCAAGAAUGGGAAGCAGUGCAGUGAGGAAAUAGAAACUGGGGAGGCAUGUAAAGAGGAUGUGGACAUGGACGAGAAGAAGAGUCUGCCCAAGCAUCGCAUAGGAACCAAGAGGCACAGGGUCUGCCUCGAGGUGCCCCAAGAGGUGAGUCAGAGCGAAGCCUUUCCGAAGGAGGAGCUGAGCUCUGUGCAGUAUGAGGUGGAAGUGGCAGAGCCUCCUGUCAGACCCACUAGUGAGCUUGUGCAGCAGGGUGAAGAUGGACUCCCAGUUUCAGAUUAUGUGGAUUCUUCAGAAGUCAAAUUUGAAGAACUGAAAAAUGUAAAACUGGAGGAGGAGGAGGAGGAGGAAGAGCAAGAGGCAGCUGCACUGGAUCUUUCCAUUCCUCAUUCAGUCAAUUCCACCUCAGCCUUCACUGCUUCUAAGCAGAGUUCAGCUUUCAGCCUUCAGCCCAGCUCUCCAGCAUAUUCUACAUCUUCAGAGUCUGAGUCAGCUGAACUAUUGCCCCGGCGAAGGCUUGGCCAAGCCGGGGUUCUUACUGUUCAUAGCUAUGCUAAAGGAGAUGCCAAUGGCGCUGACAGUGAACAUGCUUCAGGGAAGAAAGCCAGCACUACAGCCAGUGUGAAUGAACAGGAGCUUGCAGAGGUGGCGAAGGAGUACAUGAGAUCAAUGAAAGAGAGUAAAAAGUCAAAGGGUCGUCGCCAGCCCUUGAGCAAACUUCCUCGUCAUCAUCCUCUUGUGGUUAAAGACUGCAUCAGUGAUGAUGAGAUGUCGGAGCAACUGACUCCUGAAGAAGAGGCUGAGGAGACAGAGGCUUGGGCCAAACCACUUAGCCAGCUGUGGCAGAAUCGCCCGCAGAAUUUUGAGGCAGAAAAAGAAUAUAAUCAGACCAUGGCUGAGCAGCCCCCUCACUGUGCUGUCUGCAUGCUCUUCCAGACAUACCAGGCAGAAUGUGGAGGCCAUGGUCAGAGCCCUGGAGUUGCUCCAGGUACUGCCACCAGGAAGGUACGAACCAAACCUCUGAUUCCUGAGAUGUGCUUCACUGCAACUGGCUGCAGCACUGACCUCAAUCUCUCAACCCCUUACCUGGAGGAAGAUGGAACCAGUGUCCUGAUCACCUGCAAAAACUGCAGUGUCUGUGUUCAUGCUAGUUGUUACGGUGUGUCCCCUGACAAGGCCACUGAAGAGUGGAUGUGCUCCAGGUGUACAGCCAAUGCUUUAGAGGAGGACUGCUGCUUGUGUUCAUUACGAGGAGGUGCGCUGCAGAGAGCCAAUGAUGACAAGUGGGUCCAUGUGAUGUGUGCUGUAGCUGUACUGGAGGCAAAAUUUGUGAAUAUUGCAGAGCGCAGUCCAGUGGAUGUUGGCAAAAUCCCCCUGCAGCGAUUCAGACUGAAAUGCAUCUUCUGUAAGAAGCGGAGGAAGAGAAUUGCAGGUUGCUGUGUGCAGUGCUCUCAUGGUCGCUGUCCUACGUCCUUUCAUGUCAGCUGUGCUCAAGCAGCUGGAGUCAUGAUGCAGCCUGAUGACUGGCCAUUUGUUGUCUUCAUUACCUGCUUUAGGCAUAAGAUUCCAUCCCAGGCAGAGCGAGCUAAAGCGGCUCUGCAGGAUCUCUCAGCUGGGCAAAUGGUCAUCAGCAAGCACAAGAAUGGUCGUUUCUAUCAGUGCGAAGUGGUCAAUCUUACAAAGGAAACCUUCUAUGAAGUCAACUUUGAUGAUGGCUCCUUCAGCGAUAACCUCUAUCCAGAGGACAUUGUGAGUCGAGACUGUCUUCAGCUGGGUCCUCCUGCUGAAGGAGAAGUCGUGCAAGUCAGAUGGACAGAUGGACAAGUCUAUGGAGCCAAAUUUGUGGCCUCACAUGCCAUCCAGAUGUACCAGGUGGAAUUUGAAGAUGGAUCCCAGCUGAUGGCGAAGAGAGAUGAUGUGUACACCCUUGAUGAGGAGCUUCCAAAGAGAGUCAAAUCAAGGCUGUCAGUAGCUUCAGAUAUGCGCUUCACAGAAAUCUUCACAGAGAAGGAGGUCAAACAAGAGCGGAAGAGACAAAGAGUGAUCAACUCACGCUAUCGGGAGGAUUACAUCGAACCUGCACUGUACCGGGCCAUCAUGGAGUAAGCACUGCCUAUGGUAGAGAAGGAGAGAUGCCAACCUCCCAAUGGAUUCUAACACUCCAGUACAACAGAGGCCAAACUUGGACAUUUCAAAUCCAUGUUUUUUUUUAAAAAGGAAGCUACAAUACUGUACCCUGCAGUAGCUGAAAGGAGAUUGUUGGCCGGUGGAACCAUUCAGUGUUGCAACAGUGGAUGCCUGCCUGCAGGCUCCUCCCCUGAAGUUGUCUGCACUGAACAAGCAUCCGGCAAGCCAGCUUGGGAGUUCUGCCUUCCACAGCUUAUCUCCUCAAACAGUCUCUCAUUGUUUCUGCUUGUCUGAGACAAAAUUGACAGGUGGCAAACUCUUCUGGGAACUUCACCUGGGCAUCUUGGCAGCUGCAGGAGGAUACAAAGUGUGUAGUUUUUGUUGAAUAAUGUUCCUGAUUCUGGGAGUCUCUCCCCAAUGGCCACACCUGCACCGAGCAGGCAGUAUUACUGGUGCUUGACAUUGAACCCCUUUUUAUAUUUAUAUCUGUGUGUUUUGUCUGGAGCAGCUUCAGUUUCUUGUUUCUCAGCAUCUCCCCUCUGAGGGUGGAGCCUCAGGCUGUGCAGAGCCAAGUGGAUUGGAGGCGUUUGUGUGAAGAGAUGAAAUGUGAAAAUCAAAUCCGAUUGGACGAGCUAUUUAACCCUCCAUUUAGCUUUUGUUCUGAUUUGAUAUUUUGAGACUUACUCGUGUUUAACUGUAAUGGUCUGUGCCUACGUAUAAAUAGGAAUCUGUCUGGAGCCUCCUGCAGUGCAACCCUCUAACAAGAAUAUUCAUUCAGCCCCCAAAGAGUACUUUAGCGUACACUUCACUAAGGCAAUAAAGACCAAAGGGUCCUAGAGAGCCAAACACCACAGUAUUGGUUAUGACAGGGCAGCAGUGUCUGUAGAAUCCAGCACCUUGUCUGUGGCCAUGCUGCCACAGGCUCUUACUUAGGAUAAUUAGAUCUGAGUAUAGGCCCCAGUUACAAGAUGCACUGAACUGUACUUGUUAAUGAAUGGUUGUGUAGUGCCACUCAGAAGCAGAAGUGCUGCCACGUUCUUCUGUCUGGCCACAGCUGGUAGGGCAUCUGUUCUUUAAAAUCCUGUGUAGAGCAUUAAUUGGACACACUCUUAGUUGUAUCGGAUAGACUUGACUAUCCCAACAAUGGAAAGCUGUCAGUUCAGGAGCCAUGCAUUGCGUGCAUCCUGAAGAUGUUCUGACAUGCUCCUAGUAAAGCAUUAACAAGUUAAAGCAGCAAUUGAAUAAGGAUGUGUGGCUUUCCCACCCUCUGGGAAAGGGAUUUUAGACUGUGGGCAGACUGGCUGCCUUCCAGCUGCAUGGAGUGACUUGGGUAGUUUCCCUUUGUUGAGGAAAAAAUCGUACAAAUAUACUCAGUUUUUUUAUUUUAAUUCUCUUCACUGACAUAGACCCAUCGCUGUAGUAAAGGGACCUUGUGUACACAAGACCCUGAUUUAUAGCAGUUUCUUCUUUGUUUCUAUAAGAACACUAUAAACCAAAUUAUUUUGAAAUCUGGUGCAUCAACUUGUUGAUUAGCAAUAAAAUGUAGUGUUGUGCAGUGACUUUUUGACUCUUGAUCAGCAAAGUAAUAAACAACAAGCUUUUU